GGCCCUGCGGUAUUUCUAAAUAAAACAUCAACCUCUCGCUGAAAGCUGUGUUGUUGUUAAACGGAUCGCAGAGCUCCUGGUAACCAGUUGUAGCUGCGAACCUCCCGGCUGCGCUCUCUGUCUGAUCUGGGAACACUGGACUGCAUUACUCCAAAGAAAAAAAAAAAAAGAGCGUUCCGCAAUCUCCUGACCUGUGGAUGUGCACAUUUGCCAGGUCCCUUCAGCCAGCGCCUCCCACACACAUGAGUCCAAUUUUCUCCUGGAGCAGGGCCAAGCGCCAUGCCUGACCGGGACAGCUCCUAUCUGUCAGGUGGUGGUGGGAGUGGCGGUACUCUGGGCGAGGAAGGAGGGCCUGGGUCUGGUUUGGUGGGGGGCUCGGCGGACGGCAGAGGCGGUUCUGGGGGCGGUGUUGCUGGGAACGUCUCUGGCUCUGGGGGCAUGGGCGGGGGAGGUGCGCCCGGGAACAGCAACGGUUUCGGGAACGGCGGAGGAGGGGGGCCAGGCGCGGGACUGGCACUCGACGGCGUUUGCAGGGACUUCAUCCGCAACGUCUGCAAGAGAGGGAAGCGCUGCCGCUUCAAACACCCGGACUUCAACGAAGUGCCGGACCUGGGAGUGCAAAAGAACGAGUUCAUCUUCUGUCACGACUACCAGAAUAAGGACUGCAUGCGCGCCAGCUGCCGCUUCGUGCACGGGUCCAAAGAAGACGAGGACUAUUACAAGAAAACGGGAGAGCUGCCCCCCAGACUACGGGGGAAGGUGGCGGCGCGGCUUGGCCUGUCCCUGAUGGAUCUCCCCCUUAGCCGCGGGGAGGUCCCGAUCUGCAGAGACUUCCUUAAGGGCGAGUGCCAGAGAGGAAACAAAUGUAAAUUUCGCCAUGUCAAAAAAGACUACGAGUAUGAACCUUCAAGAGUUGGCGUGGGGGGCGUUGUGGGACAGGGAGCCAUCGGGAUGGUGAACACCGGGGGAGGGAUGGGUGGGGGAGGAGGAGGAGGCGCCUGUGGAGGAAUGCCAGGGCUUGUGGGAGGUGGGGGUAACAUGAUGGGUGCCGGCUGCCCCAGCCUGGGUACCUGCAGAGAUGUAGGCCUCUCCGGGGUCGGGGGCAUGGGUGGAGGUGGACUGAGCGGCUGCCUGUCCAUCGGUUCUUCGGGACAGCGGCGCUAUGAGAGGAGCUCCGUGUACGACCCGCUGCUGGAAAGUGGGCUGUUUGACGCCGGUUCCCUGGAGGCGUCGCUGGAUCACACUGCUCUUCAGCUGAAGAGGCGGCGGCUGGAGGGCCUCCGGCUGACCGACGGCAGCGGCGGCGGGCACUACGAGUUGGGGGUUCAGGCCGCGCUGCCGCCUCGUCCUCUGGAGUACAGAUUCCUGGAGGAAGAAAACUCCCUGCUGAGGAAGAGAGUGGAGGAGUUAAAGAAGCAGGUCUCCAAUCUCAUCGCCACCAAUGAGGUCCUCCUGGAGCAGAACGCCCAGUUUCGGAGCCAGGCCAAGGUGAUGACGCUGUCCUCCACGCCUGCGCCCACCGAGCAGAAUCUGGCGCCCCCCGUGGGUGCAGUGAGCUCCUACAACCACAGCAUCGCCCAGACCCACACCACCCUCAGCAGCGCGGGCCUGCAGCCUCGGCCCGUCACUCAACAAGACCUGGUGGCUCCGACCGGGGCCCCGGCCGCCCCGCCCACUAACGCCGCCCCGCCCACAGCCCCCCCGCCGCACCUCAACCCCGAGAUCACCCCGCUCUCGGCUGCCCUCGCACAGACCAUCGCCCAAGGAAUGGCGCCGCCUGUUUCCAUGGCCCAGGUGGCGGUGUCUGUGGCGCCGGUGGCCGUGUCCAUGACGCAGCCUCUGCCUGGCAUCACCAUGAGUCACGCUACCACCCCGAUGGUGUCCUACCCCAUCGCAAGUCAAAGCAUGAGGAUCACAACCCUGCCUCACUAAAGCGACGUUGAACCCUUCACUCGCACCGUUGAGUCCUAAAGGGGAAUUUGGGGUUGGAGUGAGAAGAAAACAGUGAAACAUGAGAUGUGGACGCUUUUAUUUCCCUAUAGAAGGGACAGUGUGAAGACUGUAGCAGGGCAGCAUUAUAAAUAUCAGUUUCCUGCAGACGGAUCUGUGAACUGUCACAAAGAUCCGCGUUUCAAGAGAGAGGCUUUCACCCCGAGAUGCCAACGAACUCCAUGUGUGAAUUUUAUGUGUUCCUCCCCGUCUACACAUAAAAGACAGAGGCAAACCACCUGUGCUCAUAUUUCUGUGCAUUUCUCUGUUGUAAAUUAAUUUUGGUACUUAAAAGAAAACAAUCUUUAACAACCACUUGAUGAUGAGUCCUGUUUUUAUGUCUCUGUGGGGAUCUUUUUUUUUUGUGUGUGCUUAUAGAGAAUUAAAUUUCUUUAACUGCUAGGUGGAGAUACUUAAGUCAGCUGUAGGCAGACAGAGUUUUAAGUGGCGAAUGCCUCCAACAUCCUGUUGCUUCAGUUUGGGUGGAGUCAUGCUGUGUAAACUUAACCAUAAUCUGCUUCACCAGGAGCCGUAGGUCUGUCCCUCCUUAAACAUUUAGCUCUGUCCUUUUGAGUCUGCUGUUUUCACCACCGUGAGAAAUCGGGGGAUCCAUCAGAUCUCAUGAAAUUUGUUGGCUUUCACUUAGCUUUUUUUUUUGUAUUUAAAUUUAUUUAAAAAGUUAUCACAUUAAAAUUAACUCUCACUUUUUUUUUGUAUAGCCGUUUUUUUACGUCCACAUAAUGGUGACCCGAUGGCUUGAGAGAAUCGUUAAAUAACAAAAACACCCGGGGAGGUUAAAGAAAAUGUAAAAAGCAGAUCCAAAAACAAUGUAGAUGUGCCCCCACGGUCCGAAGUAUUAAAAGCCGGCCUAAAUAACAAACAAAAAAAAGUUGAGCUUCUGUUUUGAAAAGCUGGGUUCAGGUAAAGAUGGAAGAUCUGAUGGAAGCUGCUUCCAGAGUCAGAAAAGGCCCGGACACCCGAUGUUUGUAUGUCCGUGGAACCGUGAGUAAGUGUUGACUCUGAUCUCGAAGACCUCACACGAAUAGAAAAGCUCACUGACGGAUAAAAGGCGCGAGGCCGUUAGAAGCCUUAAACAUAUAAAAGUUUAAGGAAGCCAGUGUAGGGAAAAUAAAACUGGUGUAAUGAGUUCCUGCCUGGGAGUGUGAGGUAUAAAGCCAGCUGCUGUGUUCAGAACAAGCUGGAGGCAACUAAGUGAUGACUGGGGGACACGGACAGCGUUACAGUAGUCGAUUCUGGAAAUGAUAAAAUCCUGAACACCCUUCUCCAGGUCAUAAUGGUUUAAAAAAGGCUUGACCCCUAGUUAAAAGGUGUUGAAAGCCAGACCGAUCUACCAUGAUUUUUCACCUUUUAAAUAGUUGAUUACAACCCCUAGGUUUUUCACACAGUCGCUGAAGAUAACAGAACUCCACAGAGUCAAUGGCAACUUUGUCACCAAAUAAAAUCUGGAAAACAACUCUUUGA